AUGUAUAAAAGAACAUUUCAUAGGAAUAACUUUUUAUUGUUUGUUUAUGUUAAGAAAAGAUCAUUACAUAUAAAUGGUGCUCAAGAAAUUAUUCAUGAAAGAAGUAAGGUGAACAAUGAAAAGAAUAAAUUUAAGAACAUCUAUGUAUAUUUUUGCUUAAACAAAUAUAUAAACAUCAAUAGUUUGGAUUCAAAGAAUUUUAUACGAACACCAAUACAUUACCAGAAAUAUAAAGAAUUAGUUGACAGCAUAAAAUGUGCAAGUAAUGUAAGAUUACAGAAUAUUCAUUUAAUAAGAAAAAUAAUAAAUUCAUUAGAAGUAUAUAUUAUAAAUUAUUUAAAUAAUUUAAAAAAUUAUCAUAAUAAUGAUCUUUAUUAUAAUAUACAACAAUAUAAUCUUUAUGAUGAUGAAGAACAAGAAAUUACCCCUAAUAGUAUAACAACUAUAUUAAUAAGUUUAUAUAAAUUAAGAUAUAGAAAUGUAAAUUUUCUAAAAUUAUUAGAAAAGUAUAUAUUUAUGAAUAAAGAAUAUUUUAAAAUAUCACACAUACAUUUGAUUUUAUAUAUAUAUUCUUAUUUUAAUACUAUAAAUAAUACUUUUAUCAACACUAUACUCAAUAUUAUAUUAAAAAAUAAAGAAUAUUUAACUAAUGAUAAUAUUUUAAAUAUAUUCACUUCUUUAUUUUACAUUAAUUGUAAGAAUGAAAAAACAAUCGAUAUAUUAAUUGAUUAUAUAAUAACCAAUGAAUUGAAUUUCCACAUCAAUAUAAUUAUAUAUAUCUUAAAUAAUUUGAAAAAAUUAAAUUAUGAAAAAAGAAAUAUAAUCGAAUAUUUCCACCCACAAAUUGUUAACAAACUUUAUAUGUUAAAUGAUGAAAAGAAUGUAGAUUAUGUUGAUCCUUUUUUUUUAAAAAAAAAUAUUUCAAAUCAUGUUCAAGACAAAAAUAGGCAUGACAAGAAUAUGGAAGUGCACAAUAAAAAGGUUUAUAAAGAUGGUAGUCGUAAAGAAAAAAAUGUGGAUAUAAAUAUGAGCGUGAAGAAAGAUGUGAAUGAUAAUAAAUAUGAUAAUAAAAAAAAAAAUAAUAAUAAUAAUAAUAAUAAAAAUAAUAAUAAUAAAAAUAAUAAUUAUAGUAAUAGUUAUAGUAAUUUCCAAAUAAACCAUUUGGAUAAUACUCAUCUUGAUUCCUUUUACGGAUCGUUACAUAACGAAUAUAUUGUUGAAAACAAUUGCACAGAUAAUUAUAUAUAUGAAUAUUAUAAUAAAAAUGAUAUUCAUGAUAAAAAAAAAAGGAAAAUUAUUUUAUUAUUAGAUGUUAUUAUAUAUUAUAAAUAUUUUAAAGAAGAACUAUUAAAAGUUGUAUAUGAAUAUAUUUUAAAAAAUUUAAAAACAUAUGAUACUCAAGAUAUAUAUUUUAUUAUUUCUAACAUUUUUAAUUUCCAUGUAUAUAAUUUCCCAUAUAUUAAUUUAUUAAAUAAUAAAUUCUUAUUAAGUUUGUGUUAUAAUUAUAUACCUAUACAUAAAAAUUGUCAUAGUGUGCUCUUUUUAUCUUUAAAAUUGUUGAUGGAAAAAUAUAAGUAUUACAAUAUAUUUAUUGAUAAUAUAUUGUUUCAUAAAAUUAAAACAGAAAUUUUAACCUUACAAGAAAGACAGUUUUUAAAUUUAUUGAGUCAAUAUAAAAAUUCGCAUAUUAUAAAAUACUUGUGUGAUAUUUCUUUGAUAUAUUGUAAUAUGCUUAUCAUAAAUGAACAAAAGCAAAAUAACAUUAAUAUAAAUAAUAUUAAUAUAAAUAAUAAUAAUAAUGAUAGUAAUAAUAAUAAUAAUAAUAAUGAUUAUGUCGGUGUGAUACAUACAUAUAGACAUAUAGAUAACUUAAAAAAUAGUCAUACAUCUAAUAUUUUACACAACCAAAUACAUAAUGAUUGCAUAAAAAAAGAAAAAAACAAUGAUAUUGAUUACACAUGUGGUGAAAUAAAAUAUUAUGAAGAUGAAGAAGAAAAAAAAAAGAAAUGUAUUCAAAAUAUUACAAAACAUAUAAUUACUGUAAAAUACAAUGAACAAAAUAAAUUACUUUUAUUUGAAUCUGACAUUUUAUUAGAUCUAUUUUUCUUUUACGUUGAACUGAAAUACUAUAAAGGUAUUUUUCUAUUUCUCAAAAGUUUAUUUGUAGGUAUUCCAAAUUUUAAAGAAUUCGAUAUAUUUUUAUUCUACAAAAUUAAUAAUUAUCAUAAAUAUAAAGAAAAUAUAAAUUAUGAAUUAGAUAAAUAUAAACAUGUUCCUAUUUAUAAAAAAUUCAAUGCCCUAGAAAUCUUACAAAUAUAUGAAUAUUUCAAAAGUUGUUUUAGUACAUAUGAUGACUUUAUUAAGAUAAAAAAAAUGUUAGAAGAAGAGGUGGAAGAAGAUCAUAAAAAUAGCAUGUAUCAUUUUUAUUUUCGAAAUGAAAUUUACAAUACUUUUAAGGAUACGCAUACUUAUAUAUCAAAUAUAAAUUAUAAUAUGAAUGAAUUAUUAGAAAAUAAUUGGAAUUGUAAAAAUCAAAACAAUCAGAAAGUACAAAUAGUAAAUGAUACAUAUGAUAAUAAGGUGACAAGUAAAUAUAUUCUUACAAAUUCAAAAAUAAAUUAUAUAAGUCCAAAUAAACAUUAUAAUAAGUAUAUUGUGAAUAAAGAAAAAAAUAAAUAUAAUGAAGAAACCAAUGCGGAUUACAAAAAAAAAGAAAUCAGUAUACCAAAUAGUUUGUAUAAUAAUAUAUCCAUAAAAUAUGAAAAAAACAAACUUUUUGAUAUAAAUAAUUAUAUUUAUAAUAUUCUAAACAAUAUAUUUAUAUACGCCCCAGUUGAUUUAUUUGCUUUACAUAUUCAUUAUUACAAUUCAUUGAAUAUAAAAUUUUUACUUACGAACAUUAUUUAUAAAUUAUCAUAUUUAAAUGUUAAUUAUUUAGCUUUAGUCAUAUCUAAAAUAUACAAGUUACUGUACAAAGAAAAAGAAAAUGAGUAUGUUGUUUUUUUAGAUUUCUUUUUGGAUUAUUUAUUAGGACAAGAAAGAAAUAGUGAUAUGUUUACGUAUAAAUUAAAAGAUAUGGAUAAUAAAAAAAUAAACAAUUUAUUCAAUAUAAAUGCAAACGAAAAAAGGACACUUAUUGAUAUUAUAUAUAAUAAUAAUGUUAAUAAAAAUAUUCAUGAUGAGAAAAGAAUAAAGAAACGUAUUGCAUAUAUAUUAUAUAAAAACAAUAAUAUUUAUAAUUCUGUUCAUAAUGAUAUAAUUAUUGAUGAAGAAUUUUUAAACACUUUCUUCAAGUAUGUUGUAAAUAAGAAAAAAUACAAUUCUGUAUGUUCAUUUUAUUUUAUGACGAACGAAAGCUUAUAUCUUAUUUUGAAUUCUUUACAAAUAAAAAAGAAAAAGGAGAAAUAUAUUGAAUGUAUAGAAUUAAUUACAAAUAUUAUGAUAUUUAGAUAUAUACAAUAUACAUAUAAGGAAGAAGAAGGUAAAAAAAAUUAUUCAUACCAAAAGGAAGAAUAUUAUAAUGUUGCAAAAAAUUUUAGUUACGGUAAUGAUAAUUUAUAUGUUAUAAAAGAUAUAAAAAAUUUACAACUUCAUUUGAAUUUGUCCUUUGAUGAGCUAGCCAUAAAAAAAAAAAAAAAAAAAAAAAAUUAUGAACAUGUUCAGGUAAAUAGUAAAAAAGUGUGCAAAGAUGAUGAUGAUAAAAAAAGGUACACAUUAGAAGAUAAUAAUAAUAAUAAUAAUAAUAUAGAAAGGAUAAAUAAGAAAAGGGAGAAUAUAUAUAAUGAUAAUUCAAAUAUAGAAAAUAAGAACAGUUAUAUUAGUAUAAGUUGUGAUGAUAAAGAAGAAAUUGAUAAGAAUGUAUUUCAGGAUAAUAGCAUUAUGAAGAGGUUUAUUGAAAUAUAUUACAGAAUAAUAAAAGUUCGAUAUUAUCAUGAAUUAGCUAUAAAUAAACAUAUAUUUCGUGAAUUAUGCAUAAAUAAUGAAUAUUUAGAUAAUCAUAAAUUUUUAAGUUUGCUAUUUUUUAUAUAUAAAUACAAAUUUGAUGAAAUAAAAUAUAUUUUUAUGUUACAGAAAAGGUGUUUCUUGUAUAAAGAAUUAUAUUAUACACAUAGUAAUUAUAGAAUAAUAUCAUUUCUUUGUAAAAAAUUAAAUAUCCACAUUGAUGAUAAUAUUCGAACAACUCCAACAAAACAGACAUCAUAUGAUUAUGAAAAGUGA